AUGCUCGCAAUUAAAGACUCACAAGGUAAAAGAUCCACAAGCUUAGCCCAUCCCCAACGGCGAGAUUACCCUCCCCCUGCCCAAAGAGACCGUCACGAUUUCUUUGAAGAUCCAUUUUCCAACUUUGGAGCCCCAGCCGUAUUUUCAGAAAAUCCAUUUGCAUCUAUGUCUCGUAUGAUGGAAGACAUGCAUAACCAAGCCUUUUCGAUGUUCAGAGAAAUGGACCGGCACAUGGGCUCCCUUAUGAGGAUGCCUGAUACAGGGUCUUUAUUUGAAGAUAUGGGAGGCAUGAUGAGAGGCUCUGGGAGUCCUCAAUUUUACUCUCAAACCAUCGUCCAAAGCACCAAAUAUGACAGCCAAGGCAGACCCAUUGUAGAAAGAUACCAAAAUCAAGCUUAUGGAGGGACAGAUCAGCAUGGGACAAAAUAUGGGGAAAGGAAACAAGCUUACAAAAAUACAGGAACAGGGCUCGAAAAAUAUGGCCAUGAGAGGAAAAUUGGGGAUAGAUCGAGAAAGGUGAUCCAGGAACGUGUAGGAAAUGAAGAAAGAAUAAGCGACUUGUAUAGAAAUAUGAAUGAGAAUGACGCUUCUGAUUUUGAUAGAGAUUGGGAAGCGAGGGCAAGGAACCUUGGACUUGGAAGUAAUGCGCUACCAGCUCCAUCUGGAAAUAUAUAUGGAAGAAGACAAAUAAGAGAUAACAGGAACAGGGAUACCGUUGAUGAAGAAAGAAGAGGAGAUUAUAUCCCUGACGACUGGAGACGAGAUAAUCAGCCUGUACGAUAUAGAAAUAGUGAUAUCCAGCCCACUAUUCCUGUACAAAGAGCACUGCCUGCUCCACAACCUGCUCAACAACCAGCUCCACCUAGAAGAAAUCAGCCUGUAAGAAGGCAAAACCAACAAGCCAGAAAAGCUCCUGCUCCUGGUGCUUAA